AUGCCGCUCGACGUUCAAGGUACUUUUGUGUCUCAAAAAAUUAAUAAAAUACGAUGGAUUCCCGAAGAUUAUGUAGAAACUAAAUGUUUUUUUACUGGAAGUUGGGACGAUGAAGUAAAUUCAAUAAAAGUAUGGAAUUUCGAACGCAUCAAUGAAGAUGAGGAUGUAGAAUAUCCUAAACAACUUUCUGAAUACAAAGUUGAUGGUGAUGUUACAGAAAUAAAAUUCACAGAUAAGAAUACAAUUGCAGUCUCAACGUCGGACGGAAAUGUAAGAUUACUUGAAAUUAGCUCGUACAAUCGACAAACACCGCUCAGGGAAACGUUUUCUUGGAAGAAAUUACACAAUUUUGGUGAUGAACAAUGUUCAUGUACCUCGCUAGACACUAUGGAAGGGGACAUAGCCACCAUAGGAGAAGAUGGCAAUGUAAACACACUAAGUAGCAGGACAGGGGAUAUCACCCGAACCAUCACCGGAGCAGACAGUUGUUCUUUACAUUCAAUAUGUUUCUUUAAGCACAAUGAGGUGAUAACUGGAAAUCUUAGAGGCCAUAUGAAGAUAUGGGAUCUCCGGUCUCCAAAUAAUAAACCGGCCGCAUCAUUCCUACUCGCAGGUGAUGAAUUAGCAGCCACAUGUAUUAUUCAUCAUCCCACACAACCCCAUUAUAUUUUAGCUGGCAGUGAAUCUGGGUCUUUGGCUGUGUGGGACUUACGGAUUAACUCCUUCCCUGCAUCUUUGCUGAAAGCACAUGCAGCUGGAGUUACAGAGAUGCAAUUCCACCCUGAAAAUCCGAAUAAACUGCUCACAAGUUCAAUUUCUGGGGAACUGUGGGAUUGGAAUAUGGAAGCAAUGACAAAAAGCACUAAGACCUCUGACAAUUGGAUGCCACUCGAAGAUAAAAACACAAUGUCAGUUAACUCACUCAUGCCACCGCUACAUAAACCCAUAAAUACAAUUAGUUGUGAUAAAGGAAGAAUUCUUUGUGGUGCAGACAAUGAAGCCAUAUACUUGAUUAAGAAUUUCAAAUAUUAA